AUUGGUUGGGCCUGGACCAAUCAGAGUUCGUCAUACAGGAAGGCUGGCAGUUCUUUGACAUUCACUUGUCGUCUUUCGAUACAAAUUGGAAAAUACCUCAAAAUGAUCUUUUCAGCGUCUCAUUUGUCCCGUCUGAGAGGAAUAAGCUCUUGGCGCAGCCUAACAGCAGUAACCGGCUUUUCCUACCUGCGACCGUUCAGCAGCUGGAUUGGGUCAAACUCUCAGAUUUGCAGACUUCCGUGGCCGCUCGCUUCCAGAGCGGAGGGCUCAGAGGUGCUUCAGCAGUUUCCCUGGCAGCAUCAGCAGAUCCGGACCAGGAAAAGAGGCACGGAAUACCAGCCGAAGAACAUCAAGCGCAAAAGGACCCACGGCUGGAUCAAGAGGGUCAGCUCGCAGGGAGGCAUUGAGGUGAUUCUCCGGCGCAUGCUGAAGGGACGCAAAUCACUCACGCACUGAAGGUUCCUGAGCUCCAAGACUCAAAAAACUCAGAAUGACCUCUGGAGUACAGGAGACUCAGGAUCACACAAGGAACUGAAACAUCUGAACAGAAUAUGGAGGGUGGCCUGUGAGUGGAAAGAGAUUCAGACUCACACUUUGAUCCAAGUUAUUGAACUCAACCUGCCUUCUGUCUUUAUUUCAAAUAAAUGAUCUUUAUUGUGAAUUCAC